AUGCGCAAACAGUUUAUAAUCAAUGUAUCUAUUGGACUCUUGGUGUUGGAGGUUCAGGACAGGAUACUGGAAUUUCUCGUCGCCAUAUGUGAAUCCAUCAUAUCCGGCGCUUUGCCGGCCGAAUCGGCCAAGUCUGUAGACCAAAAAGAGCAACCAAAGCCAGCCAUUCCAAGCGACAAAGCCGACUCAUAUCUGUCCACGCUAGAAUUGGCAAGAGAACGACCGUAUCUGCCCCCGCGGAUGGACGUAGGACGAUUACGAUCUAUCGCAGAAAGUUACUUGAAUGGAUGGAAAAACCAUGCAUGGGAAAUGCGUGAAAAUCCGGCGUAUUUCCAAAGAGUCUACCUAGAUUGGGCAGAUCACGCGUAUGAGCAAGUUGUAGAUGUUUAUGAAAAGAGUCAGAUGACCGAGGCGGCGUGGAAUCGUGCGGCGCUUUUUGCCUGCUACGAGAUAACCGCCCAAUAUUUCACUUGGAAUCUGAUCACUCAAUUGCUUCGGAAAGUCGAACGAUUUUACAAUGACAGCGAGUGCGCUUAGCC